UGCGUGGCUGAGGUGAAAGAAGAAAGAAAGAAAGAAAGAAAAAGCGGAAGAGGGGAACUGCCCUAGCCGUCGGCCGGCGCCGGCGAGCUCCUCCUUGUGAGCCGCCCCGCCGCGCCCUCGUCAAUUAGUUACUACAGGUGAAGAAUUUUGUAUCUCCUUUGUCUAGGAUAGGAAGGAAGGGGAUCCGACUAGGAACGAUUGCGGAUUUAAUUUGGAUCCAAGGGAAGAUGCCGUCGAGGGUCUCGACGCGACCAUCCUCGCCGAAACUCGGCGAGCGCGACGACGUCAACGGGCUGGAGACCUGGGACGAUCCUAUUCCCAGGCGGUCGCAGUGGACCGUCCAGGACCUCUGCGACGCGUUCGUUGCCGGCUCCAAGCACCACCUCAGCCUGAUCCCCCAGCCGCCGCCCCGCGAGGAACGCGCCCGGCGGAGGCAGGAGCGCGAGCGCAGCUUCCUGCUCAACGUCGCGCUCCGCAAGUACGCCACGCAAAACAACAUACAGCAUAGCGAGUUAGAGCUCGUGGAAGUGAAGGCUAGGAACUAUGUCUUUGAAUGCCCAAGAGCCUACUUGCACUACAAUAUCCUGGUGAGAUGCCCAGAUGGCACGCACACCGUGUUCUUCGCCGAGGUGGAUCCUGAACGCGCCGGAGAGGAGGAUGUUCAUCUCUGCAUCCCUCUGCAAGACGCCGACGCCAACAACAACGGCCCCUGUUUCAGUUGCAAACACCGAGCCAGGGGCCUUAUGCAUCCCACCGGCGCUGCCUACUUGGGCGGCCACAUGGAAACCAACUUCCUUGACUUUGAGCUUCCAGAUAGCAGUGAUGAUGAAUAUAUCUAACAGCUGAGCUGAGCUGAUCUGAAUGAAUGAAUCUACCAACCUCCUUAGCUGAAUAUUAGUCCGUAUAAUAAAGUUCAGCUAUCUCCGCCUCCGCGGGAGUGGAGUUUAGUUUUUGGAUUGCUGUCACCGUGGAUGUAUUUUAUUUAUUUUCAUUUAAAUGCUAUGUGAAGGAUAUAAUUUCAUUUUC